UCAGUUCGUGGCUGGACACCGGCGGAGGAGGAUCGACGCCCCGGCCCCUCCGUGCGCUCGGCCAUGUGAGGUUCAACGGUGUGGCGCUGCGACUGGCAAACCAAAGGAAGGAAGCGACGUACGACACCCCGCUUCGAAACCCCUUAAGAUCCUAUGGUAUUGCGGUAUCCUAAGCCGUUUUGACGUUGGGUAUAUAGAAAAGGAUAUGGAAUUUGAUCGGUUUGUGUAGUGUUUCGAGUAUCAUGUCAAGGAAGGAAGCGACUUAGGACAACCCUACCUCGAAACCCUUAAAAUAGUAUGCCCUUGCGGUAUCCUAAGCCGUUCUGACGUAGGAUAUUUAGAAAAGGAUAAGGAAUUUGAUCGUUUUUGAAGAAUCAGUUGAGUGACGCUUAGAGUAUCAAAUCAAAGGAAGGAAGCGACGUUGGACACCCCCAGAUCCUUUUGUAUCCUGGUAUCCUUGGCAGUCAAAACAUAGGAUACUCGAAUAUAUAUUAUAUAAAAAAGGAUAUAGUUUGAGGAAUUCGAUCACUUUUUUAAUCUAUCGGACUCGAAGAAGGAUAUUUGAGGAGUCUUUGAGCGACGUCUAGGAUAUCGGGGACGGUGGUGGAAGGAUCCCUGAGCCCUUUGUAGGAUCUGAAGUCAUUCUCGCGGAAGGCGCUGACGGUGUAAGAAGCGACGAGAGCGUGAAGAAAGGAGACGGAGGAUAAUAAGAUGAAGAAUAUUGUGUUGGAGGAAAGAGGAAAAGGGAAUAUUGAAGACUUUGCAGUGAUGAAAUGAUGGAGCAGAAAGGAACUAAGGGAUAAUUUUGGACAUUACCGUGAUAGUUAAAGGGACGGAAGAAAACUAUACACAGAGAAGGAAGAAAUAGAGAAGUUAAGUAAGAGAACAGCAGCAAACGAUUGAAUAACUAAAGGAAUAAGAGAAAACUUUACACAGAGAGAAACAAAGGAGAAUAAAAAAACACUUGAAAACUAUAAAGUAACUAAAGGAACAAAAGAAAACUAUACGGAGAGAGGAAGAGAGAGAGGAAUAAGAGAACGCUUGCAAACGAUAAAAUAAUCAAAAGAACAGAAGGAAAAUAUACACUGGGAAAAAGAUAAAGGAAAAUAAUAACAAAAUAGACUUGCAAACGAUAAAAUAAGCAAAAAAACGGAAGAAAACUAUACGAAGGAAGGAGAGAAAAAAAUGAGGGAAUAAAAAAACAAUUGAAAGCGAUAUUGAAGGAACAGAAGAAUAUGGAAUAGAGGGACAAUUGCAAAUUAAAAAAAAACUAUAAAAAAAUCAGUUAUAAAAGUAAAAAGAAAUACACAGCAAAACCUCAUUCAUAUUUAAGUAGCAAGAGCCAGGAAAGAAUUUUAAAAACGCUGAGUUGAUUUAAUAUUGAAGAAGCAACAAGAAGAGUUAUACAGAUAUCUAAGAAUGCUAUAGUGAUUUGAUAUUUAUGAAGGAAGGAGUUUCAGAACCAACAGGGACAGAAAGCUUGGAACGCUGAGGUGAUUUGAUAUUUUAGAGGAACAAGAAAGAAAUUUUUUUUAAGAAUGUUUCGGUGAUUUGAUAUUUUAGAGGAACAAGAAGGAAAGAUUUCUAGGGACGCUGAGGUGAUUUAAAAUUUUAGAGGAACAAGAAAGAAAGAUUUUUAAGAAUGUUUCGGUGAUUUGAUAUUUUAGAGGAAAAAGAAGGAAAGAUUUCUAGGGACGCUGAGUUGAUUUAAAAUUUUAGAGGAACAAGAAAGAAAGAUUUUUAAGAAUGUUUCGGUGAUUUGAUAUUUUAGAGGAACAAGAAGGAAAGAUUUCUAGGAACGCUGAGGUGAUUUGAUAUCUAAGAAGAAACAAGAAGGAAAAAUAAAUAGGAACGCUUCAGUGAUAGGUAUUUAAUGAAGACGAAUAAGGAAAGAUAUCCAAAAACGCUUCAGUGAUUUUAUAUUCAAGAAGAAACAAGAAGGAAAAAAUAUAUAUUAACGCUUCAGUGAUAGAUGUUGCAGGAAGAAGAACAAGGACAGAAAUCUACUAACGCUUCAGUGAUUUGAUAUUUAAAAAGAAGCAAGAAGGAAAAAAAUAUAUAUACGCGUCAGUGAUAGAUGUUGAAGGAAGAAGAAUAAGGACAUAUAUCUACUAACACCUCAGUGAUUUGAUAUUUAAGAAAGAACAAGAACAAUUAAAGCUAUCCAAGAACGGUUCAGUGAUAGAAUUAAAGUAAGAAGAACAAGGAAAGACAUUAGAACGCUUCAGUGAUCUGACAUUUAGCGAGCAAGAACCAGAAAAGAACAAGGAAAGAAAGACAUUUGAGAACGCUAAGUGAUUUGACAUUCAAAAAGGAACAAGAACAAUUAGAGAUACCGAAGACCACUGCGCUCAUAACUCAUAGAAACAAUACAGGAAUGAGACAGAGAGAGAACACUACCACUGUGAUUACUAAUGGAACAAUACAGGAAUGAUACAGAGAGAAAGCGCUACCACUGUGACUACUAAUGGAACAAUACACAAAUGAGACAGAGAGUGGUACAGCGGUGACGAUUAGAGAAACACAAUUAAGCUAAAGCACAUUAAGACAAGCACUGUGGAGGAGGGUUUUCAGGGAGGCGAUAAGAAGUUAAGAACACUAAAGGGGAACUGGAUGAGUGUUGUGGAAGGAAAGGGAACGAGGUGAAGGAAAGCAACGAGAUAGCGGAAAAUAAUAAAACCGAAGAACCCGAAGAAGUUAACGAAAGAAUGGAAUAAGUGACUAGAGAGUGACUUGAGAGGAAUUAUAUGACAGUGAAAUCGAAAGAGAAAAAGCGGAAGAUGGAAUAGUAACAAGUGAGUGAAAAUAUGGGAAGAAAUCAAUUGCAAUGACAAAUAUAUAAAAAAAAUAGAAAAAAAUAGACCACGUUAAGAUAAACAGAAACUCAAAGGACAUUCAGAAAAAAGAAACGUAUAGGAAACAUAAAAACAAACAGCAAACAACUAAGAAAAAAUCGUAUAUAUAAAAACAAACAAAAAAACUUAUUAAGAAAAGAAACUGAAUAAAGAGAGAAAAAAAAAAGCAUAUUAUGAAAAAAAAUGACCGAGUAAAAACAAAACAAAUAAAACACAAAUAAAACAAACAAAGCACCUUAAGAAAACACAUAAACAACAAAAACACCACAUGAAAAAAAAAGUUUGAACCAACGCACGACAACCAUGAAUAUUACGACCACGAAUGCGACAGGUCUCCAACACGAUCAUGACCACCACCACCAACAACAACACCAACAAAAACAACAACAAGAACAGCUAUAAUCAAGACAAAGGAAGGCAAGAGCGUGAGAGCCAUGCGUGGGAGAGGAGAAGAGUGAUGAGUGAAGAGCAGCGUGCCCGAAGAAUGGAGACAAACGACGAUAGGAGAGAAAUAAUGGACCAGAAACUUUAACACUUCGGCGCCGACCAAACCCACAGAGGAAGUUACGGUAGCGUCGGUGGUGAAGGCAGUGGUGGUGGUGGAGGUGGUGGAGGUGGUGGUGGGUGGAUGAAGUGACGUAACGUUGUGAAUGACGUAACGCAUGACCACAACAACGAUGACGUCACCAGCAGCUGCUAUUUGCGUCUGUCACGUGAUCCUCCUCCUUCUCUGCCUGGCGCUGAGGGGAGACUCCCUACGGAUCUCUGGCAUGGAGGUCCCGCGGGUGGUGGUGUCGGGGUCGUCGGUGCAGCUGGUGCGUGACUACGAGGAAAAUAGAGAAGGGGAGGACUCUAACCUAACCCGGGCAAAUCUAACCUAACUCUUCUAUCCUUCCCGGCACAGGAGACUCCCUACGGAUCUCUGGCAUGGAGGUCCCGCGGGUGGUGGUGUCGGGGUCGUCGGUGCAGCUGGUGUGUGACUACGAGUACAACAGAGAAGGGGAGGACCCGCUCUACUCCGUCAAGUGGUACAGGGACGUGAAUCAGUUCUACGAGUACAUCCCAAAACGGGAGCCCCAAGUGAGGGUGUACCCGCUACCCAACCUACAUGUGGACGAGCGUGGCAGCACGCAAGCGACGGUGCUGCUGAAGGGUGUGACGCGCGCCUCCUCGGGGACCUUCCGCUGCGAGGUGAUGGGGGACAAGCCCUUGUUUGAGACCGACGAUAAGGCCAAGAACAUGACGGUGGUCGACAUACCCUCGUGGGGGCCGGAGCUCACGGGGGUGGUAAACCGAGGACGAGGAGGAGGAGGAGGAGGAGGAGGAGGAGGCGGAGGAGGAGGAAGAGGAGGACACGGGACACGAGAGGAGAUGGCCCGAGGAACAAGAGUGCGCCCAGGUGAUGUCUUGUCCGCCAGGUGUCUCCUAGGGCGCUCCGACCCCCCCGCACGAGUUACCUGGCUGGUCAACGGCCGCCCCCCGCCUCCCCACGCCCACCUGAGAGUCCUGACCAAGAGCGAUAAGCACGGGAGGCGCGUUCAGACCUCGGAGCUGGAGGCCGUGGUGACGGAGGCGUGGUUCGUGCGCGGCGCCCUCACCCUGUCCUGCGACGCCCGCGUGUCCACCGUGUACCGCAGCAACGCCACGCUCACCCUAAUCCACGCCGACCACCCUAAGCCGGCGGGGUUUGGCUGGUUCUCCGCAGCUCCUGAACUCCGAGGAAGCUGUUUUUUCCUGCAUCUACUUCUACCGCUGCUGUGCUGGUGGUGGUGGUGGUGAUGUGGUGGUGAUGUGGUGAGUGUAGGGUAAAAAUUAUGUCGGUGGUGGUGGUGAUGGUGGUGGUGGUGAUGUGAGGGUUGAGAAAAUCGGGAAAAAUC